AUGGGCACCCUCAAUGAGACAAGUUCGCCGCCUAGUAGAUCGCAUUCACGACGGAGCGAGUUUGAUGGCUCCGACUUCAGCAAUAACCUAUUCACCGACCUGGCCCCCUUGUUGACGCUUUUCGGAGAACAAGUGACCAAACAAUUUCUUUCGCAGGCAAUGGGGUACGGCGAUGACAUUCUUCUGGCCAUGGCGCCCCUUGGAAUUCUAACUUGUGUCGUGAGUGCUAUUCGGGUCGGUGGACGGAAAUGGCUCAAGGCUCUUGUGGGCCGAGCUAGAGAAUCUAGGGCCACCGCCGAGAUGGAGAUCAUGUCUAGUACUAGCGACGCUAUCUGUGAGCUUUGGAGUGGGACCGAGAUAGUGCGAGAAAGAGGUAUACCAAAAACGAAGGAGUUUAUUUAUCGACAGAUGAAGGAAGAAAAACGGUCAAAAGGGAAGAAAAUGCCACAGAUUGUCUAUAACCUCGAGACAGCCUGUCAACACAGACUUCUGGGUAUCAAACAACCGGGCAGAGUGCGUUCGCGGUGGUUAAGUGCGCCUCCGUUGAUGGAUGCGCAACAGCAUGCUACCAGGUUAAUGCGGCAGGCACCUAACCUUACACUUAACGUUGCAAAAGCGCUGAUCUCCCCGGUCAUAACUUGGUCGUUGGCACUCCUGGGGGUCAUAGUACAACUUGCUGUCCUGGCUAUUGCUGUUAUGGUGACGUACCGUUGGCAUGUCCCAGAGCAAGGCUCUUCCGUGGAUCGCUACGGUUUUCCAGUAUUCCUCACAGGGUCUGUCGUGUUGUCUGUGGGUAUCUUCUUGUGUUCUUACAUAAUAGAGAAUACUACGGAUGAAGUAAACUUUGAUCUCUACAGACACAGAGAUGAGUCGAAGAUUGUCCGGAUACAGUGUGCCUGUACUGUCGGUGACCAACGCUAUGGCUCCUACGCCAUCCUCAAUGAGAAAGACAAUACAAGCAUCCGUACCUCGAGAAUCGACAAACCUCCUGAUUUCAGCGUCCUUUCCAUCUUAGCUACAUUGCUUUCUCUUGGGGGUUACGUUCUGCAGUUUAUUGGCUUGAGAGCAAUGCACUGGAUUGUCGCCAUAGCAGUUCUCAGUGGAACACUAAUAAUGGCCUGUAUAAGGGCAUAUGUUUGUCGUGGCCUUGCCGCGGAUCCUAAAUGGGUGGAGCUUCAAGAAGGCCAUGAGCUCUCCUGGAUUGCGUUGGAUGCUUUCCGGCUAGAUUCCUUCGAGCUUGACAACGCUACAACUGAAGAAGAUGAUGCUGACAGCGUACGGGCUGGUUCACAGUCUAUUGAGUCCUUCCAAGGUACGCAAAUGGCAGACGUUUCAUCACUGGCCCGUAAGGUAAUUGGGGUGCGCAAACAGACCCGCGAACUUGUGAACUGGCAAGACGAGUCUGUCAAUCUAGCACAUCGACUGGCAAAUGCGAUUACCAAAACCCUACAAUACGUGUGUGAAGAUGAAUCGCUAUUCAUGGAUUUCGAUGAACAGUCGUCGGUUUUUGUGUUCGAAGAGAGGGCCAUUUCAGAUCUGAACCCUGCUCGAACAGAGUACCCCCGACAUCUCUCGGCUAAAGUAAUUCCAAUUAAGGAGAUCCACAACAAGCUAGGACCACGAACAAGUACUUCGAGGCACUUGACAGGUGGAAGUGGUUUUCACUCUAGUGUGAAAAACAUCUUGAACCUUGCUGCUAACCAGAAGGAUUCGAUCCUCUCCACGCCUGAGGACAAUACACAUGCGGAGAUUAUCGAAAGAGACGGUUCUCAAGACAGCGCUUUAACAGAGAGUGAUCCUGCAAGAUCUCCUCCAGCAAGGAUAUAUAGCCGUGCACCCAGCCCUCAGACCCGUCGCCCUCCCAGUCCUCUAAGCCCUCCACCUCCCUCUGCAUGGCUCCAUAAACCAGUGAUUGGGUCCGAUGGCAACGACCUUGAUCCCAACGACCCCGAGCCCUUGGGGGCUGGCAAUUGGUUCUGGGAGCACAGAGAGGUCGUUGACGAGGCUGCUGAUGGCUGCGAUCCAAGAACUCCUCUAGGCCUCAUUCCAUAUAUCUUCCAUAAAUAUGGACAGAUAUUCGGUGUCAGUUUCACAUGGGAAUCCAAGGUGACCCUAGGAGGUCCUAAGGGUAUGGGCCGACGGAGCGAUCAAUACCGCUUUCGGGCUCAAUGUGUCUAUCAACGCGAGAAUACAAACAUUGAUGACAAUGUGCCCGAGGAAUUAGAAGCCGGAAGCAACGCUGAAAAACGGACAUGGGACAUUGACAUCGAUUCCUUAGCGGCAAUUAUCUCUCUGUGGACAUUCUCUUUGCAGCAGAAGCUCAAAGCCGGCCACGAAAGCCUUGAGUUGAUUCGAUCUUUUGGCUAUGGAUGGGAUGUUCCUAUUCCGGCAUCGGUUUCGACGGCAGCAAAGAGGGAGAAUAUUGAAAAGGUCAUACACUGGGCUCAAUCCAGCCAGACAUGCGGCUCUCCUCUAGGGCAAGACCCCAGUCUUGGGGCUCGGGAGAACGCUGAUAAUAACGGCGCAGACGGGCAAUCCUUCAGAGAGAUGGUCACAACGCAAGAAGUGUCGGAAAAUAUCAAUGAUUCAGUUGCAGAGCCAGAUGCAGAUUUUAUGAAAGUCAGUGAUCAUGAAGGAUCACCUGAGCCCAAUCACGCCAAGCAAUCGAAAGGCCAGCUACCACAGAACACUGGUAUAGCGCAGGAAUACAAAGUGGCUGAUUUCUACGCUGUCUGGAUUGAGCGGAAAUUUACAGCAUCCCGUUUUGCGGACCUCAGGUUCGUGACAGGCCUGCAAGCAUACGAGCGAAGAGCCCAUCCUCCAUAUCACUUUGCCGGUGCUGUCGCCCCCAUUUCAAGGUUUGAGCCUCCAUUGACCAUCUAA